AGAAAGCUUUUAAAUAAAAGGAAAAAAGAAAAGUGAUAAUUAUUUUUUAAAAAAAUCCUCCUAAAAAAGAAAAAGAAAAAAUCACCCGAAAUUUCUCUUUCUGCUAUCAGUUUCAUUACAUAAUAUAUCUCUUCGAUUAAAGAAUCGCUGGGUUCGAUUUUGUCAGACAAGAUCGGCCAAAUUAAGAUUUCAGGAGAUUAGAGAAGAUGGACCCUCAUGAUGAGACGGGCCGCCAAGCUUCAGAAGGCCCCAUCCUGUGUGUUAAUAACUGUGGUUUCUUUGGAAGUGCGGCGACCAUGAAUAUGUGCUCCAAAUGUCACAAGGCAAUGAUCCUGAAGCAGGAACAGGCACAACUCGUAGCAUCAUCCAUCGAUAGCAUUGUUAAUGGCAGCACUAGCGGGAAUGGUAAGGAACCAUCUGUUGCUGCUGCUUUGGCUGUGCAAUGUGGAAAUUUUGGGUCAAAAAUUGAAUCAUCCAUCGAUCCAUCCCAUAUGACCUUCGGUGGGAUGAAAACAAAAGAGGGUCCCAACAGGUGUAAUGCAUGCCACAAGCGUGUUGGUUUGACAGGAUUUAGCUGCAGGUGUGGAAACAUCUUCUGUGCAGCACAUAGGUACUCUGACAAACACAACUGUCCUUUCGAUUAUAGGACAGCUGCCCGCGAUGCUAUUGCUAAAGCCAACCCCGUAGUGAGGGCUGAGAAACUUGAUAAAAUCUAAAAAGAGUCGAGGAUGAAGGUGAAGGUGAAGAAUUGUGUAAUGAAGUAUGGGGUUUAUGGUCCUACCCAUUGUGUCGUCAGCUCAUCAUAGUGAAGGUUUAUUUAAAGUUGGGUGCUUUGUCUCAUUAGGUGUCCCCUUUGAUUUGAUAUAAAAAACAAGUUGGAAAGUGGAUAAUAGGGAGGACACCAUUGCAGUGUAAGGAAAGUCUAUAUUCCUUGUCAAUUUGUUGGCGAUACAUUUAAGUUCGCCCCUGUUUGUAAGUCUUUGUUUGUGCUGGUUUGAUGGAACAAUCGAUAUGAUCGCCUUGUAAUGCUUCUUUUCAUAUGCACUUCUUUCUUCUAGUAGCACCCAUAAA